AUGACAUUGCCAUUUGAAGUAUUACAGACGUUACCAUUUGCAGAUGGAAAAUUCAAAACUACUCCUAAAAUCACAGAGCCGAUAACCUUUGAGCUUGAAAAAGAACCAUCUGAAAAGGUGACUCUCUUUCCCGUUCACGAUUCAAAAACCGUACCGAAGAACUUACUCAAAGUAGUCCAAGAGGAAGUUAACUACGUGAUUGAUGAAGGAUUGACAUAUCCUUAUUAUGAGCGACUUGAUUUCGAGCAAUUUGUCGACUAUUGGUUUCAUGCGUUCGCUGCAAUUCUAAUUUCGGGUUCUUACGAAUCUCUUGAAGAUAGAGAACUUCAAGACAAGCUGAUUGAGUGGUGGAAAGAAAGCUUUCUUGGCACUUUCUAUGUUAAGCCCAAUUACGUUGGCAGAUGUUCUCAUACAUGUAAUGCUGGGUUUAUUGUAAACCACAAGAAAAGGGGGCUAGGCAUUGGAAAAGAAUUAGGUGCAAAAUAUUUAGUAUGGGCUCCGAAGUUGGGUUACGCGUACUCCGUGUUCAAUUUGGUGUUUGAAACAAACUUAGCAAGUUUAAAAAUAUGGGAUAAUCUUGGAUUUGAUCGUAUUGGUUAUGUCAAAGAUGUAGCUGUAUUGAAGGGUCAUGACAAAUUAGUGGGUGCAUAUAUGUUUGGAAAAAGCCUAACAACCAUUGAUAUUCAUUAA